AUGAGCCAGCCCUCGCCCCCAACCCUGCUCCAAGACGAUGAUAAAUCCGCCCCCCAACUUCACGGCCGCGAGCGCGUAGCUGCUUCCUCUCUUAAGCCCGGCGAUAAAGCCCAAGACACACUAACCGUCGUUCGCGGGGCCAUCCGUGUGCCGUCCCCAAACCUCUCUCUCGUAUCCAUAGACGAUGCUGCACGACUUGGCCGAACCCCAGACUAUGUUCCUCUGUAUCAUGGGAGACAUGCUUCUCGCUCGCCUGCUCCCCCGCGCACCCUGAAAAGCAAGAUACAAGCCUCAUGGACAGCCAACAAGGGCCUAGCUCUCGUUUUGAUGGCGCAGUUCUUUGGCACGCUGAUGAAUGUCACGACGCGGAUGCUGGAAGUACAAGGCAAUCAUGGCAAAGGCUACCAUCCAUUCCACAUCUUGUUCGCCAGGAUGAUCUUGACUGUCAUUUGUGCGUCCACGUACAUGUGGUACAAAAAGACGGAGCAUUUUCCCUUUGGCAUGAAGGAAGUGCGUUCACUGCUGAUAGCCCGAGGCUUGACUGGCUUCUUUGGUGUUUUCGGAAUGUACUGUAAUCUUGCAUGCUGGGCGUGCUCCUACCUCAUCAAUGAACCAUUCACACGUAUGGAGCAGAUUGCAGCCUACGUCUCGCUCUUUGGCGUUGUCCUCAUCGCCCGGCCCACCGUGCCUCCUGCGAGUGCCGACUCAGACCUGGUUCUAUCGAAUAUGACCACUCCCGCUUCCGACCGUCUUGCUGCCGAUUACGAUUCUGUAACACCCACACAACGAGCAAUGGCAGUAGGGAUAGCCAUGAUUGGCGUACUUGGAGCUACUGGCGCCUAUACAACUAUUCGCUGGAUUGGGAAACGGGCACAUCCACUCAUCUCGGUGAAUUAUUUUGCCGUCUGGUGUACCAUUGUCAGCACCGUCGCCAUGGCUACCAUGCCAGGAGUCGGUUUCCUACUUCCCAACAGUUUCAAAGACUGGUGCUAUCUGGUAUUCCUGGGCAUGUGUGGCUUUACAACCCAAUUCCUUCUAGCUGCGGGGCUACAAUAUGAAAAGUCGUCUCGUGCCACCAACAUGCUGUACAUGCAGAUGUUGUUCGCGCUUGCAUUUGACAAGCUAGUUUGGGGCAUGACUCCUGGUGCGCUGUCUAUUGUCGGUUCAUCCCUUAUCCUCGGCUCUGCCAUUUACGUUGCAAUGCACAAGGAAGACCCGAACAAAGUUGCGCCGAGCGAAGGCGGACACGCAGAGGAAGAAGUGGGACUUGUAUCCACAGCUUAUGGCUAUGACCAAAGUAACCAGGAAGAUGCAUUUGUACCCAUGAGGUCGUUGAGGUGA